GUGGCUAAAUUAUUUUAAAAGAAAUAAAGAUGAAAUUAUUACAAUUUAUUUCGUUUUAUUUCUUAAUUAUCAGUGUAAAUGGGAAUAAAAAGGGAAAGUCCACCGCUGCUGAGGGUGGUGGUUCGAGUGGUGGGAGUGGUGGCGACGGAGGAAAGAUAGCGAAAAUAGAGGAAGCUUUAUACACGAAAUACCGUGACCAAGUAUGCAACGCCGUCCCUGCAUUUAAAGGCCAAGCUGGUGGGAAAAACGUCACUUUCUACGACGUCAUCACUGAGGAUGAAGUGUAUGAAUUGGCAUUUCUUAACUUGGCGUAUGGGCUGACGACGGAUGCCAUUUCACAUUUGCCCGUAGACAUGGGUUAUAAAAAAAGGGUGAUGGACUUGAUUUCGAUAGUGACCAAGAUCAGUUGCGAUAAUUCGGUGGUCCCUGAAAUCUACCUCAACGCGGCCAAGAACUUAUUUCUUUACUACAUUUUCAAGCAUGACAAGGUCCCUCCGCCCCCUGGAUUUAAAAGGAAUGAGACUUUUGUGACUGAAACGUGGAGUGAAAUCGUCACUCUGCUCGAAACCUGUGCCGAACACGUCACCACGAUUCCGAUCGAACAGGAGUGCGACGUGGCCACGUUCAUCUCGAUGCCGGACGGGAUGACGCCGAUCGCGAUGGCCGAGGAGCGUCUGGACAUUGAGAAACUCAACGAAGGCCAUGAAUUUGUCGACGAAGUGAUUGAUGCCAUUUGGUGGAUGUUCUCCACGACGUACGCCCGAUGCUACACGAUGUAUUAUCCAAGAGAGGACUGGGUCGUACAGUUCUUUAACAUUUUCGUGGAGGAGUUUAUUGAUCCGUUCCUGGGGAGAUGGAGAGACCCCCGUCCGAUGGCAGAGUUUUUCCCCAUAAUUUUCGGCCCAUUUGAUUUCCGGAGGGCACGGGCUAAUUUGCGUGCUUGUAACGGGGCGUCGUAUCAAUGGGAAGGGAUUCCAGAGAGGCAGUUGGUUCGACCGUUGCUGGUUUCAGUGGAUGGCGUCACGGUGCUUAAUUUUAAGACGGGCAUUUCUGAGACGUAGUUUGAGCUUUUUUUGUGUGAAUAAAUAAAUAAAUUGUUUAAAAAAAGA